GCUGGGGGACACCGGGGCCCUGCAUGUAAGGUGAGAGGGGACCACUCAGCCUCUGCUGCUGCAGAACCUCUUCUCAGCGAGGAAGUUGCAUGUCUGUCACUGUGUGAAGGAGGUGCCAAGGAGGAGGAAGUAAGGGACAUAAGAAAUGUGGAUGAGGGGUCACUAUCCUGCCAGCAUCCAAUAAUCCGGAAAUUCUGGUAAUUUCAGUGAGGACCAGUCAUGCAGUUCUUGUCACUUACGCUGUUUGGUUUCUGCACCCUCUCUCUCCUCUUGUCUCAUGUGCUCGGUCAAAGUGAUUCGGAACUCCUGGUCACCACCCGUUCGGGUAAAGUGAGAGGUACCAGGAUAGAUGUCCUCUCCAGCCAUGUCACCGGAUUUCUAGGAAUUCCAUUUGCAGAACCACCACUUGGCAAGUUGAGAUUUAGACGGACAGAACCAAAAAAGCCAUGGAGUGAUGUUUGGGAUGCCACCAGCUAUCCUAAUGCAUGUUACCAAUACUUUGACACCUUGUAUCCUGGUUUCUCAGGGAUGGAAAUGUGGAAUCCUAAUAGGCCCAUGAGUGAGGACUGUUUGUAUAUUAAUAUCUGGGUUCCUUACCCGCGCCCUAAAAAUGCAACUGUUAUGGUCUGGAUCUAUGGUGGUGGCUUCUACAGUGGAUCCUCUUCCCUUGAUGUUUAUGAUGGUCGUUAUCUAUGUCACACAGAAAAUGUCAUAGUAGUUAGCAUGAAUUAUCGUGUGGGAGCAUUUGGUUUUCUGACACUGACACCAGGAAGUGCAGAUGCUCCAGGCAAUGUGGGCUUAUUUGACCAACGCUUGGCACUUCAGUGGAUCCAAGAUAACAUAGCAUUUUUUGGUGGUGAUGCUAGGACAGUCACUAUCUUUGGAGAGAGUGCUGGGGGUGCCUCUGUUGGCAUGCAUGUACUCUCUCCAGGUAGCCAUCAUUUAUUCUCUAAAGGUAUACUGCAGAGUGGCUCACCAAACACACCAUGGGCAACUGUUACACCCCAAGAGGCUCGGCGCCGGACUGAGCUGUUAGGGAAGCUGGUAGACUGUAAGCAGGGUAAUGAUACAGAACUUCUGAAUUGUCUCCGGACAAAAACACCACAGACUCUCAUUGACAAUGAGUUUUCUGUCCUUCCAGCUCCGAGUGUCUUUCGCUUUGCUUUUGUUCCAGUGGCGGAUGGAGACUUUUUCCCAGAAGCCCCUGAAACUUUAAUAAACAUGGGCCGGUUUAAGCCAUGCCCACUGAUUGUAGGUGUCAACCAGAAUGAGGGUUCCUACUUCCUACUGUAUGGAGCACCUGGCUUCAGCAAGAACAAUGAGAGCUUGAUCACUCGGGAGGAGUUCCUUGGCGGGGUGAGGAUGAGUGUCCCUCAUGCCAAUGACAUUGCUCUUGAAGCCGUCGUGAUGCAAUAUACAGACUGGGCAGAUGAACAUGCUCCAGUUAAAAACAGGGACGCUAUGGACCAGAUAGUGGGAGACCACAAUGUAGUUUGCCCCGUAACUUACUUUGGUGCAAAGGUGUCAGAGUUUGGGAACAGAGUAUAUGCAUAUUACUUCGACCAAAGAGCAUCCAACCUUGCAUGGCCGGAAUGGAUGGGUGUUCCACACGGCUACGAGAUUGAGUUUGUAUUUGGUCUUCCCCUGGAUCCAAAACUAAAAUACACCAAACAAGAGGCCGACUUUACUCGGCGGAUGAUGCGAUACUGGGCCAACUUCGCACGGACUGGGGACCCUAAUGAUGAUAGUAACUCCCGCCAAACAAAAUGGCCUGUGUACACUUCAACAGAACAAAGGUACUUAACACUGAACCAAAAGCCUGCCCAGAACCUGCAGGGAAUAAGAAUCCAAAUGUGUACCUUCUGGAACCGCUUCCUGCCCAAGCUCCUCAACAUCACAGAUAACAUCGAUGAAGCCGAGCGGCAGUGGAAGGUGGAAUUCCAUCGCUGGAGCGCCUACAUGAUGCGAUGGAAGAACCAGUUUGACCAUUACAGCAAGCAGGAGCGCUGCAGCGAGCUGUGACCUCACUAUGACAUUAGCGAAUCAACUCCUCUGCUCUUCUAGCAAAAAAUAAAUAAACUGUGACAUCACUAUGACAUCAUCACAACGCCACUGCACAGAUUCAGGGGUUUUGUAGACACUUGUGUCCUUACCGCCCCUUCUUGUGUGAUGUCUUAAAGAGCAAGACACAUGUAAGGACAUUAAUACGAUACCACACACGCAAGUCACGUGAUUGUUUCUGCCCCUUGUAUGUACUGUAUGUCUCCCAAAGUCCACCCCAACCCUGUGUGGUAGGGGGGGGGGGAUAUCCCUGUAUGACACUGUGAUCCCUCUUGUCCGCAUGUCCAUCUGUAUAUAGUGCUCGAUGAUAUAAAGAUAUAAAUAUAUAUAAAUAUAUAGAAUAUAUACAUAUUUAUAAUAUAUAUAUGGAGGGAGAUUUACAUGUAAACUAUUUAUUCGUGAUGCUGUGAACGUCGCCCCCUCUGCCAGGGCCCUGUGCCAUGGGGCACCUGCCAGAAGAGGGCCAACGUGCCCCAUCCCAUAGAAUAUACUGUACUGCAGUUCUCACCUGUCAUAUCCCAUUUGAUGUGUGUCUACAAUGCCUCUGCUGCCAUUGUUAAAGGGGAAGUUCACUUUUACAUCUGCCACACGCUGUGACAGAGACACCACCUUGAGUGCUACACAUCCUCAGCCAUACUACCUGAGAUAUGCUCUAGUCGUACAGUGGGAAACCUUCUAGCACUUCAGUUGAUCAGCCUUAUGAGCUCUAGUUGAAAUGGACUUUCCCUUUAAGCCUCAUCGCCCUCAGCUGGUUCCUGCAGAAAUCCACAGGUUCCUUAGAUCUGCUGGAAGCCAUAUGUAACGUAUGGUCUAGCCCAACCUUUUAUGCACUUAAUUCCUCACUAGCGACAUCAUAAAGAUCUAACCCUGGUUCUCCGGCUACAAGGGGACUACAAAUCUAAGCAUUUUUAUGUCCGUACUGUAUGUGCAUUUCCACUAUUUUAUGUGCACAUGAUAUUUUUAUUUUGUUGUCUGCAUUUUUGUUAUUACACAUCAUCCACAGAAAAGAGACAAGGCCCUUUAAAAUAACGGAGUGGGUUGAUAAACACGCUCCCAUAACAUCCAAUCAGAUCUCAGCUUUCAUUCUCUAAGAUGUAACAAUCAUGCCAUUUCCUUAAAUGUAAAGGAGAAUUACAUCUAAAUGUAUGCCAUCUCGAUGAGCUGGGCUGUUACCAAAAUUAUGGGGCUGUAGUGUUCACUACAUCAGUUUGAUGUUUCUUGGAUAAUUUGAGAGGUUUCCUCACUGUUCCAUAUAAAAUAAUGACCUACAUUCGUAAUAUAUUCAUAAGAUAUGCAGUAUUAUAUUAUAUCACAGAUGAUAAAGAUAUAUACAUAGAUUCCAAAACUAUAUUUAUCUACAAUGACUUCACCUCUACAAUGGUUCCAGAAACCAGUCACGUUCUUGAAGACCAAAGCCCUUAGAACUUGGGUCCUCCAAGGCAAGUUUCAAAGGUGAAUGGUUUGUCUGGAAAAGGGAAAGACUAAAAGUUUACAACUGACAGAGCCCAGAUCCGGGAACCCAAAGCUAUUGUAUGACCCAGGUACUACUAUUAAAAAGAAGAAAAUGAGGCCUUCCCUUCAAUGUGUGCUGAUGAGGAACAAGCCUUGUAUGUGCAUCGUUCAAUAAAGAACAUUAAACCUUC